AUGGCAGGAAAAUACAAUCUCCGCCGAAGUACUCGCGUCAGUAAACUGAAGUCGCAGUCUUGGAAUGGCUCGCCAAAAGAUCAAAUCGCCCGAGUCCCAGUCAUUCUAGAGGAGCUAGAUCUUGCUACACCCUAUGUCGGGAAUAAUCAAUUUUCUAGAAAGCAGAAAACUCAGCAGAGACGGAAGAGUUGGACCAAAUGGGCCAAGAGAAAGCCACUGACGGAUCCAUCCAAGCUUCCAAAAGGCUGGCAUAUGAACGAGAAUGAUCUUGAGAUUGAUGAUAUAGAAGGUCAGAUCAAGAGGUGCCAUGAGCGCAUCGCGGAAAAUAUCAUGCCGAAUAUCUUUCGACAAAGACUAAGGGCAUACACUUUAGCAAAAGAGGAGAAUGACUAUGAAAAAGAUCUGAGUAGUACCCGUGGUCCGUUGAAGCAAGUGCGGAACAUUAAUUCUAUCUUGGAGGCUUAUAGAUCAAAGAAGCUUAUAUGGACUCCUGGAUCAGUCACGUACUGGUCAAACGGAGUCCAAAUUUGUGAACCAAGAGCAUUUGAUUGGGAUGAGUUUGAAACAAUCAACUCUAAAUACCAAAAAGAUGGAACAUUUUGGACAGAAGGGCUGAAACUGGCAAUUCGCGUUCCCAAUGUCCCGUGGUUUGCGGAGUUGGAUUUCAUCCACGACACGGGUUGCAGUAUGAUGGGAAUAUACCGGGAUGACAUUGAAACGAUCAUGGGCUCAUAUGCAAACGAUGAAGAAUACAAGCCCCCAAUUCUCGGUCAACAUCGAGCUAGAAGCUCGAAUGGAGAAUUUCGAAUCAGGGACACCAUCGAAAUCGAGGUAACGAUCCUUGACCAAGAUCGCCAAAGGAUGACUGCCUGGACUAGAGUCCCUUGUGCCAUCAAUGAAGGGACCUGGACACCUAAGAGUGUACCAAGACUAGAUGGUCCGAUCUUGCGUGAUUUGAUGUAUACAGCAACAGCACCUGAUGCGCAACGACUCUUUUAUCUAGCCAACACAACGGCUGAUCUCAUGAACGCUAUACCGGUUUUGGAUCUCGCAAAUAACCCUCCAACAUUACCAGACACAUAUACCGCGGCCAUUAAGCUGAAUACCAAAACAGGCACCAAGAGAGCGAGUGGCCAGCAGUCCAAAGUUCAACGACCGACGAAGACGAUGCCACGCGCGGCCCCAGGGGCACCCCCAUCUGCUCCAGACUCGUGA